CGUCUGUCUUACAUCCGUCACCAUCAACAGCGGGUCCUGGAAGAGGACGCUGCACUUAUGGGAGAAGACACAGUUGCAGACACAGAUAACAUAUAUCUUCCUGCAUCAUUCUUAGGUUCACGAGCUUGGUCUUCAAAUCAAAUUGCAGAUUCUCUCGCUGUGGCAGGAGCCCUGGGGAAUCCGACCUUUUUUAUCACUAUGACAUGUAACUCUUGUUGGCCGGAGAUUCAAGACCGUCUGCGUCCGGGGCAGACAUACGUUGAUAUUCCAUUGGUUGUGGUUCGCGUGUUCAAGCGAAAACUCGCCUGCCUUUUGCAGUGUCUCAGAUCUCUCUUCCCUAAUGUCGGUCGACCGGUAUACAUUAUUCAUUCAAUCGAGUUUCAGAAGCGCGGGUUACCUCACGCUCACAUUCUAGUGAGGUAUGACACGGAUUGUGUUCUU